AUGCUCGAGGUUGCCUCUUCAUCAUCAGCUUGCCAUCAAUUCGAGGCCAACAAUAACAACAAUAAUGUGGAAGUGAAGGCGGUCCGCCCGAAGAGAGACUUCAGAUUUAAGGUUGGUUAAGUGAUCAGGGUGGACUAGGAUCUAGUAUUGCUACGUAAGAUGGCCUAGAAUUCAUAGGACCUUCAUAGGAUGGCCUGAGAUUUAUAAGAGAUUUAUAUGAUGGCCUAGAAAGCCAUAUAGGACUAGAAAAGUCUGGAAAGUAACUCAAACCCGAUUAAUUGCAGGUGAUCGAAGUCCAAAAUGGCCCAAAAUGGUUUGUGUGGCCGAGCCGUAACCGUGGCAGCUCCGAAGAAGUCGACGAGAACCACAACAAGGAGACGAAGCAGCAGCAGAACGGCUACGGAGCUCUCCGCCGCAGCGUGGUCCGUCAGUCGAAGCGAAAGCAGGAUCAGGACGCGAUCGUCGCCCGCACUGCUUCGGAGCCCGCCUCCGCGCGCCGUCUGUCAGCCAAGAAGGAGAAGGCGGUGACGGAGCCGAUCAACCAGGUCUCGUCCAUGUUCAAAAUCAUUUCGAUCGAGAAGAACUGGGAGAGCUUCGACGCGACCGACGACGACGAGGACGAGGAGGAGGCUGGCACCCGGACCGUCUCCGUCAUCUCUCUGGCGUCCGUGGUCGAUGGCGCCGAGCGCAGAUGGACCACUUCCAUCUAA